AUUAUAUAGUUAUUAUAUAGCUAAUUAGAGUUGGAGCAAGACUCAAGGUGUUGUGCUUCUGCUGCUUUUUGCUGUGUGCUGUGUCCACCUGCUGGGGACAGCAAGUGGUCUGCUUGUCCCUCCCUCCCCCCACCAAUAGAGGGGUCUCCUACUCUGGCCCAUCACUAAGUGAUGGUAUUGUGGCCACCUACACCUGUACCACUGGCUACACUCUCAAUGGAGGCACUACCACUAGGACUUGUGGGAGUGAUGGAGUGUGGAGUGGGUUUGCUCCAAAUUGUCAGCCUAACUGCCCUGACUUACCCUCACUGACGAAUGGGAUGAUCAUGUACGGUGGUGGAUCCACUGACAACAGACCUUUCGGCUCUAGUGCUGCGCACUCCUGCAACACUGGCUACACUCUCACUGGAGGAAACACUACCAGGGUCUGUGUGGCUAAAGGGAGCUGGAGUGGGUCACCUCCAAUCUGUCAAUUCACCUGUUCUGACCUCACUGUACCAGCCAAUGGAGUGAUCAGCUACACUAUGGUGAGUCCAAGACCAGUGGACACUGUAGCCACCUACACCUGUGACACUGGAUUCAUUCUUAUUGGCUCUGAAACCAUCACAUAUUUGAGUACUGGAAACUGGAGCAGCUCACCAUCCUCCUGUCAAAUCCCUCCCCCUGUGUACUUGUCCCUCUUCUCCACCAACUACUUGUCUGGGCUCUCUGAGAUCCCCCUGUUCUCCGUGAGAGGGGAGUGGCCUCGUCUGUCAUACUGACCUUGCUGGCUGCUAUGAGGGGAACACGGGAGAUUGGUACUAUCCAAACGGCUUUGUUGUUAUGGAGAAUGGAGCAUUGUAUGUUAGCAGAGGUCAGAUGAGUGUCAGUCUGAUGAUGAGUGGAACAGCUGCUGCUCCUGGUGGUGUCUACUGCUGUGUGGUGCCUACCAGUGGAGGGAUGAGCACAGCAUGUAUUGUGUUAGGUUGGUACUAACAGCUUAUGGUUUGUCUCAUGCAUUCCAUUACAGCUACUGAUAAGAGUCCUCUCUAUCAGUGCUCCAGCACUGUUCUUGUGGUGGGAGGAGUGGUGGGAGGAGUGUUGGCCCUGGUAAUUGCAGUGAUUGUAGUGAUGGUGACCUACCUAGUGCACCGAUAUAAAAAAGGAGGGAAAAUGACUGUUACUCAAGAUAUCUCCCUUACUGACCAGGGUCAAAGUGCAGUCACUACCUACGAGACCGUCCCUGUAACUUAUGAGGAGAUCUCAGCCUCUGGAGAGGUCAAAGGCGACUACAGCUACACACAAAACAAUGCCUACUCGACUAUGAGUGGGCGGGAGGCUCCAGCUGCUGUAUACGACAACUAAACUGAAUUAUCACAUAAUUGUAUUUCAGAUCGAUAGAGCAUGCAGUUAUACAUACUUCAUCAGCCCCUCCCCCUCUCACAAUGUUUUUCAUU